CAUCCCUCUAAGUAUCUGUUUGAUGCGUUGGCUCGAUACUGUCCAGGAGUCAAGUUUGUGGCCAAGUAUCCACUCGUUAAUUUCGUCGACCAAGACUAUUACGAUGACAAGUGGGCGAUUUCGUUGGAGACAUGGAAAACAUUUAACAGAUCUUACACGGCAUUGACGCAGUUUCAUUGGCAAGUUGUCCCUUUCGCUGACCCAUACUUUCGUGCAUUUGGCGACCACAUGAAGCCUCAGCUGAAGACGUUGACGCUUUGGUCGAAUCCAACGUGGAAAUAUAAGCGGUAUAUGCAUGAACUUGAGGAGACUUAUCUGGUCGAAGCCAGGGGUUGCCCAGGUUAUGGCGUGCGAGCUUCCGACGUCGCCGCAGUGUUGAAAGCUUGCCCUGCGCUGACGAUGCUAUCUAUCGAAAUGCACCACCUCGGGGGCUAUCGCACAGACGAGAUGUACGAAGAUGUGGAGGUUUACGGAGAUGUUUUCUGGGAAUCCGCUGCUCGCCACUGCCCCAACUUGGAGAGAAUCUCCGUGUCUACCUGCGACCACGACGACUACCAUACAAUAAUUGCGAAGACACUCACUGAUCGGACGUUGAUGCACCUCGCUGAACUCCCAUACUUGUUGAAGUGUGAUUUGCCUCUGGGUCGAGUGACCGGUAGAGGAGUCUUCGAGUAUAUCCGGUUGGUGUCGAAGACGACAGAUCUGAUUGGGAACAAGCGUAGCAUUCUGAUCAGCAUUGGCGGCGUUAAGCGGAAACCUGUGGAGAUGCCAGUCUCCCACUCUGAAAUCCUGGAGCUGAUGAAGCUGCUAGCGGAAACGGACGAGGUAUCGCUUGGUGCGGCAUUUUGCCACCCAAAGCCAAAUGUGGUCGUAUAUCGCCCUUACGAAUUCAGCCCCGGCCGCGCUUGGCUUAGUACGUACACUCAAAAUGAAUUGAGGCCCGAGGGAAACUUUUUCGUGCGCAAGUUUGACCCUUGCCCUGCGUAG